AUGACAGACUUGGAGGCUGAGUGUUUGAGUCUCGGCCUGCCUCCUGAGUGUGGCUCCCCUCCCCCACCUCUGGACUCAUCCCUGCAGGUGGACUGCGGCCCAGGGCCCGCUGGUUCGGCCCCGACGCCCACCCUGGCCCUCCUCUCCGACUGCCCCACGCCCACGCUCAGCUCGCUGGCGGCUGAGAUCGCUGAGCCGCUGGUGAUGCUGCCGUGUGUGAAGAGCGAGCCGGAGGACGAAGAGCUGGAGCCCAUCAGGACCGUGGACCUGUCUGAGAUCCAGCCACUGUCCACCGCUGAGCUGGGCCACGACCAGAUCAAGAUGGAGAUCAGCGGCCUUGACUACAUCAAGUCCGAGCACCACGGUAACCUCUACCUGGGUCCAUUUCACCAGAGCGACGUGUCAGAGCUGGACUACAAGUCCCACUACGAACCCAUCUCUGUGUUCGACUACAUUUCCCAGGUCACAGACACCCUGGACUACAUCAAGUCGGACCACCACGUGGACCUGCAGUGUUACUACGCCACCGAGCUGAGCUCCCUGAGGUCCGAGUACCCCGAGUCCAACGCCAUGUCGGCCCACCUGCAGCACAACGGCCUGGAGUCCAUCCACAUGGCCGAGCUCCGCACCGAGCUCAACAAGCUGCGGCCCGACGCCCUGAUUGUGGACGGCAUGAGCAAACCGGACUCUGAGUUUGGAGGGGGGACGCUGUACGAGCUGCAGCCUGUCCGGGACGAGAAGGGGGGUUCUGGGGAGGGGACGGCAGGCAGAGGGGGCAGUCGGGUCGUCACGACCAAAACCCAGAACCCAACGGUGAGGAAACCUCGCAACAUGCAGGGCGAGAAACCGUUCUCUUGCACGCAGUGUGGAAAGAACUUCAGCACGCUGGGAAACCUGAAAACCCACCAUCGGAUUCACACCGGUGAGCGCCCCUACACCUGCUCGCAGUGCGGCAAGAGCUUCGGCCAGGCGGGGAACCUCAAACGCCACCAGCUGAUCCACACGGGCCAGAAGCCCUACGUGUGCGCUCACUGCCCCAAAGGCUUCACAAAAGCCGACGACCUGCGCUCGCACCAACGGCUGCACACCGGCGAGCGCCCCUUCAUCUGCACCGCCUGCAGCAAGAGCUUCAGCCAAUCCAAGGAGCUGAAGGCGCACCAGCUGAGCCACACGGGCGAGCGGCCGUUCUGCUGCCAGCACUGCGGCAAGAGCUUCACCAAGGAGACGAGUUACCGGAACCACAUCCAGAUUCACACCGGCGAGAAGCCCUUCACCUGCUCGCAGUGCGGAAAGACUUUCAGCAACUCGGGCGUCCUGAAAACCCACGAGAAGAUCCACACGGGCGAGCGGCCGUUCGGCUGCACGCAGUGCGGCAAGAGCUUCGGCCGCCUCGGCCACCUGAAGGCGCACCAGCAAAUCCACACGGGCGAGCGGCCGUACGCCUGCCCCCGGUGCGGGAAGACUUUCAGCCAGUCGGGCCACCUCAAAGCACACGAGCAGAUCCACAAACGAGAGCGUGCCGACACGGCGAGCACCAGCAGCGACGGCGGCAGCAGCAGCGUUAGCAGCGACAGCAGCUAAGGCCGCGGCCGAGCCUUUAACCUCCGGAGACACAAAGUAUUAUUCCUCUUUUUAUAAAUAUGAUAUAUAAAAGUUUCUUUAUCUGUUUUCUUACAUUUUCAUACUUUUUGUGCUCUUUUACAUUUUAUCUGUGGGCAGAGUGGGCGGACUGAUGUGUGAUGUGUGUCUGUGGGGGGUCUAGAUAAUCCUCCAACUGGACUCUGCAGAACCUGAACCUAUUUUCUACAGUACUUAUGAAACACGAGCACAAAGGUUUUAGUGACCAAAUAUAAGAAUUUAUGUUUUUGUAUUUCCUGUUUUGUACUGAAUCAGACCAGCAGCUCCUGACCGACC